AUGAAUACACUAUUGUUAGUAUUACUGGCUGACAUUAUGACCUUUAUCAGUGUGAGUUGUGAACUACCUGGUACUGUAGACUCUGUGAACAUUACUGGCUUCAAAAGUAUCUACCCCAUCGGACUUAAACAGUGUGAAAAACAGUGUCUGUCACACAGAGAUUGCCAGCUCUUGGUUUUUCAAGUUAGUAGUUUAUCUUGCUAUAUGAGCUUAGGAACAUUUACUGGUGAAUCUGUAGGUACACGUUCAAAGGUCGUGGUUCGACAACGUACAGAUAUUCUGAACGGAGCAAGCGAUUUCAAUACUACUGCGGACAGUGUCUGUGUCACUUUAUCAAGUGGAGAACUUGCCUGUGUGACGUCCCCCUGUGGCCCACCUCCAGAAGUUGUGAAUGCCACAAUCAAUCUGGACACAAGUGUUAUCGACUACAGCUGUAAUGGCGGUAUAAACAAAAGUUAUACCGAUCCUCCUGAGCCAAUCGUGUGCAAGGCUGAUGGACAGUGGACAACUCCAAAUUUUGUCUGCACAGGUAACACUGUUAUACUGGGUCCAUCUGUUACACAUUUACGUCAUGAGGCACUGGACUACUGUACAAGUAGAGGGGCACAUCUUUUAAGAGUAAAAUCAUUUGAACAGGGUACCUUGUUAAUCACUAAAUAUCAGCUGUCAGGUGGGUAUCACGUAGAUGGAAUGUAUGUUGAUGGUACGAGUUCCUGGAUCUUCUCAGACGGUGACGCCAUAAACUUAACUAUGUUUUUCUAUGGAGAAGAUGGGCAAGGCCCCACUGAAGGAUGUGUCGUGUGGGAAGUGAACCAAUUUCAAUCUAUUCCCUGUUCGUCAACGAUUCGCUUUAAAACUAUUUGUGAAGUUGGAUAAUCUUUUUUCGGUUUCUUGUGUGUUUUACAAAGCCAUUUUACAUUGGCUAUACGGCCCCAUUUUCAUAGUAUCAAUUUUCAUGUAUAGGCAGUGGAAAUAGACCAAGGAAAAAUUUAUUGUGGCCAAUUUUCAUUGAUUUUUUUUUUAAGAAAAUAAAAACAUG